AGGGAUGAUUGUCAGCUGAUACAUUCUAUUCGCGCGCGUAAAUGCCCCGUCACAAAUAAACAGUUUCCCCAAACGCCUGUCUGCUGCAGCUUUGUGGAUGUGCUGUUGAAUGUAAUGGUAACACGUUUCAUAAGGAAAGAAGACCCGACUGUGAUCCCGCCUCUCACCAAGCACCACUAAAGAUCUUCUUCUUCAGGCAAUCGUUCGUCUUUGAUAACAAAGUGAUGAUUGCCAAUUUAAUGGUGAUCGAUACCAAGGUUUGUCUCAGAUUUUAUUCCGCAUCACUCCCCGCGGCCGCUUGAAAGCCGAACAUUUUCUUCCGAGGUUUGCGCCGUUCUGAAAUCAGCUGCACUCGUCUCCUUGUGCGAAUAAGACGCAUCUUCUAAUCAUCUUUCCUCAAAGCUCAACAUCGGCUCUCUCGCUUUGGCCAUAAUUGUUUUCUGAUAUUGAUUCAAAUUCAAGACCAUGAGAGAAAUACAAUUUUGAAAUGUUUUCCCAAUUUUCUGAAGGCUACAAAAGGAGGAAGAGGACUGGAAUAUUUUGAUAACGCACCACUUACCAAAAGUGCAACUUUAUCGCAUCAGUGAUUAUUGUGGUUUCCUUCAUGAACUAUACCAAAAUAUAAGCAGAUGAUUACCCUAUUUAACGGAUACUCGGCUAUUUUGUUUCAUUGCCGUCGUUGUUGAAAAUAUCCAUGUUAAUAAUUAUCUAAGAUUUUCCAGUGAACAGUACAGCUGCGUUGAUAGUGAGUGGAUAAUGUACAGAGGACUCAUUCGUCAUAACACCCGUGACUUCCGUACCUAUCCCUAUUUAUCCGGGCGAGCUCUGGGGACCAGCGUCUGUUUAAAUUCAUUUCAGGCCGUCUAAUUAAAAAGCUUCAGUGGAAAUAUUUUCUGGGAUUAAAAUCAAUAAUGUGACUUAUCAAUUUGAACUAUCUCGCGAUAAUGGAAGCUGAAACAGAACGAAGAGAAGAUGACAUCUUAGAGCUAGCUGCGCAUCUCCCCGACCUAGUGCUCCAAGCUAGCAACAGCAUCCAAGAUUACCCUGCCGUUCAGCAUGUUGAGAGUGUUGUCAUGUUCCUGGAUAUCUGGGGUUUUACCUCCCUAUGUGAGAGACAUACAAAGCUCAAUCUUGGAGUUGAUAUCCUGACCAAAACCCUCAAUGACUAUCUAGGUCUCAUCGAGAAUGCUAUCCUCAAGAACGGUGGCGAUGUCGUCGAGUUUGCAGGUGAUGCCUUACUGGUAUUAUGGGAUGUUGAUUUAUAUGGCCAGAGAGCGGCCAUGGCUCGUGCUAUACGAUGUGCAAGACAGAUCCAGAGGAAAUGUCAUGAUUGGACAACAGACUCGGGCAUCUCAUUGGCUCUCAAGAUAGCUCUGGCAGUAGGUCAAAGUUAUAUCACUUACGUUGGAUGUCACUCGUGUCGUCAUUACAGCACUAGUGGGCCAGCGGUGAAUGAAGCUAACAGAACAGAGAAGAGAUGUAGUAGAGGAAGUAUAGUCCUAAGCCAGCAAGCUUGGGAGACCUGUCCCGAUAGAACAGCUAUGAGUGUGGAAGAAUUACCCGAGGGAGAAAGAAAACUUUUGUCUGUCGAGAAAGAAUGGGCUGAAACAGAACUUGAUCCAGUCCGAAAAGAUUUUCAGACGCUCCAUGAUGCCUUGAAACAGGGACAGAAACUAGAGCGUGAACCUCGGAUUCGGAAGAUUAAUUUCAAAUCUGUUCAUCGAUCCAAGAUGCGUCCCUUCAUUGCACCUCCAGUUCUUAGCAAGUUUGAUGAGAAUCAAUCUCUUGACUACCUAUGUGAGAUGCGUGAAGUGACAGUUGUGUUCAUCAAUCUUCACAUGGACUCUGCGCAUGAUCAUUCUACGUGUCUACAAUCAGUAUAUGAUAAGAUACAUACAUCAGUAUCACAGUUUCAAGGAAUGAUCAACAAGAUCUUUGAGUUUGACAAGGGUACGAGUUUCUUGGUAUUAUUUGGUCUACCAGGGUUUAAACACGAACAUGAAGCUUGCCAUGCUGUUCAAUGUGCAGGUCAAAUCAAAGAUGUUGUCAGUUCAAUGAUUGAAGUCAAGCAAAUCUCUAUAGGUGUAACUACUGGUAAAGUGUUUUGUGGAGUCGUGGGCCACAAUGAAAGACACGAAUAUACAGUGAUUGGACCUAAAGUCAACAUGGCGGCUCGUCUGAUGAUGCAUUAUAUCGGGAAGGUCACGUGUGAUGAAGUUACCAAGAAACGAUCAAGGAAUGACUCUAGAGGAUUCAUCAGGGUUGCUAACAAGGAACUCAAAGGCAUCGAUGAUCCAGGAAUGGUCUGGGAGUACACAGGAGCAGGGAAUGUUGACAACUCUAUUCCAGAGUAUGGAUAUCCUUUACUAUCAUAUGUGGAGGAAUUUGAGCAGUGCUGGAAGUCACUAUGGAGAAUGGCUUCCUUAGCAACGAAUUCAUCUAGUACUAUCCAUCAACCAGCUAGGUUUAUAGUAAUUGGGGGAGACCCUGGGGUCGGAAAGACAAGACUACUACGAUCUGUCAUGGAUACAGCGAAGGGAAUGAAUAUGGCAGUAUACACAUGUCGACCUAGCGUUGGUCAGUCAAGUACUCCCUACCAUACAAUCUGCUCCGUAGUACUCCAACUCCUUGAUCUCCAGGAUAUAGGGAGCCCUCAGGAGAGGGAGCAUAGGCUCCAGGAAAGAUUCGAAGAUACAGAGCUCUUCUGGCAUCUAUGUCUCCUUAACGACCUACUUGGAAUUCAGAUCCCAGUAACGGAUGAGAUCGCUGAUCUAUCUCAACGAGAGCGGACUCAGGCUCGUCAUGCCGUCCUUGCCUACAUCGUAUCAGAGGCAAGGAAUAGAGAUAGCGCUGGAACCCUCAUUGCCAUCGACGAUGCACAUUACAUUGACCAAGAUUCAUGGACUUACUUAGAGGCACUGCCAUCCAAAUACUGUCUGGUUGCUUUAGCAAUGGGAAGCUUCAGACGUGAUGCAGAGGUACCUAUCGCAGCCUCCAGGAUCCUUCAAGCCAGGAGCACCCUCCAUAUCAAGCUCCAGGGCCUGGAGCCACAGUGUAUGGAGCCUUUACUGUGUCAGCUCCUGGAGAUGGAUAGUGUUCCAAGAGAACUUACCAUUAUGCUAACCUCCCACCAGGGGAAUCGUAUCAACCCAUCUUGGGUAAACCAAUGUGUAUUCAACAUGCUUCAUCAUCAACAAUUAGAGCUAUACACAGAAGGAGAGAGAACAGUCUGUCGGGUAGCUAAGGGAGUCAGGCUUAUGGAACUGGAUAUACCACCUUCUCUUAGAGGCUGUAUGAUAGCAUUCAUUGACCGUCUACCUGAGCUACAAAGAACCACAGUCAAGAUCAUAUCCGUGGUCGGAACGUCCUUCACGGCGGACAUCAUAGCCCACCUCAUGCCUAACGUCAUCCAGGAGAAGAUAAACCCUACCAUCGGCUCACUCCAAUCCGCUGGCAUCCUGGUCUUUGGCAGCGGCGGAGCAUUGCCGACGGUGACAAAAUCGACGACGAUGACAGCAGGGUCGCUUAGGUUCCAGUCUGUGACACUCCAGGAGACAGCUUAUGCACUCCUGCUGGAGAAACAGAGAAGGAAGCUCCAUGAAAGAUAUGCUACCUACCUGGAGAAUAAUCAUCUAUCUGGUAGGAAGGGGGAGAUCAGUUCUCCUGGUGGUCUCUCUCCUGCUGGUAUCAAGAAACUACUUGGAAUAAAGACCGACUCUAAACAAAGAGAUGACAACAGUAACAACAUACUUUGUAAGAAUGACGAACAAUCUUUACAGUCUGUAUAUCCACAACUCGUCACACAUUGGAAGAAGGCUAACAAUCUACAGAGAGCUAUUCAUUACAUGGUCUAUGGAGCAGAGUCGGCUGUGGCACUUGGAUAUAACAUGCAGGCAAUAUCAUUCAUCUUUCAAGCUAAAAAAUUAAACCCAUCACCAGUGCAACUGAGACGAUUGGAUGAACUAGCUACCAAGGCCACUGCAAGUCUCCUCUUCACCAAGAGAAGGCGCUCUUCAUCUCCUGGUGGGGCCAAAUUCAAGUGGAGGAACAUGGCUGUGAAAGCAAGAAACUUUGAACGUUCACUCUCAGUUGAAGAAGAAGAAACAGACGACAAGGUCGAUGUCGGAGGAGUGGGCAUCGUUGACGUCUCUCCUGAAGAGGAAAUCAUCCCGUCUGAUCGCUAUCAAACCAUCAUGAAGUCUGCAUGCCCUGAAUUCACUGAGGAACCUCCACCACCACCCAGCCGCCUCACAGACGACAUCUCUCACAGAUGCAACGGGAAUGUAGAUACAAAUGCACACUCUAUGAAUAAAAUGGCGGGAAAACUGGUGAAGCAGACAGUAACAACAUAUCGAAUAUCCAAAUAUUACAUCUAUGCCGUCUGCUCAGUGAUCGUAGCUUUCUGGGCAUACCUUAUCAUGAACAGAGCAAUAUCUACUGAAAGAAACUCAACAUGACCAAAAUGAUAAUAACUUUGAUCACCUUCUUAUAAUGGCUGAAGAAUAGUAUAUAAAAUGAGUUAAAUUUUGUUGUAAAUAUAAUGUAAAUAUCAAAGCAAGCAAUAUAGAAAUUGUAUAUUUGUUUAGUAUCACAUUUUGUCAAAUGCAACUAUUCGGUCUAAUUAUAUUUUCCUUGUGCUUUGAAUGCUCCUACAAUAAUGAUCAGAUUUUAAAUUGUGUGACACACUUUCAUACAUACACUAGGUGAUUUUAAGUUGGCUAAUACGAUGGAUUUUGGCGUGAAGGGCAAGAAAUUAAGAUGCUGAAGAUGACAACUGAAUGUUUUUUUCAAAGCUAAAUACCACAUGAUGCCAAUCCCAAACACCAGCACUCUGGCACCAGGGUGCUACCUCUAAUACUUGUUAUACACCAACACCAGCAUUCAAAAACAUACUUGAAAUCACCCAUUUCAACUAAAUUAAAGAAACUCUAGGUGUUGCAAAUAAGAUUUCUCAUAGGCCAUUUAAAAGUGAUUUUUUUCAUACAAGAAAUCUUGAUUGGCAAUCCAUCUUGAAAAUUUUUUAAUGCAAGACUGGUGUACAUUCUAACAAAAAUAAAUCCUGUCUUUAUUUUGAGGGUUUUUUCAUAUAAAAAAGCUAGGAAAUCUAAGGGUAUGGGGAUUUUAAUCGUCAACUGUAUGUUAGUAGUAUCUAAGCAUUCAGUCAUGACAAAUGGUAUAGCAAACGGUCCAAUUAUAUUUCUAUUUCAAAAGACAAUUGCAAAUAGGCCAAAAAAAUGUUAAACUGUGCUAAAAUGGACGCAUAAUUAUUUAAUUAUCAUAUUGAUACGUUUCAGUGAAAAUUAGAAAAUGUAUGUACUUAUUGCGCUGUGUGCUUUUAGGAAACAAUAUUUGUUUCAUGUAUAUAUAACAGCACCCUGAGAGUAAUAUAUUAUCCCCUGCAAGUAUGUCUUCCAUUAAUGUCCAUCAAAUAUGACAUGUCAUGUAUUGAACCUGAAUGUGUAAAUACUUUAUUAUUGAAUUCAACAAAACUUGGUCAUUCAUUCUCUCUUCAUUAUUGUAUUAAACCAGAUUUUAAAAAUGUA